CCACGUGUCCACUUUAGUUUACUUUCCGUUCGUCGGCAAAAUGUUAUCACACACCCCUCACUCAUCGCCCCAAUUUUCGCAUUUCCCGAUCAAUUCAAUCUCCGAUCACACACGUUCCUGAUCAUCUAGACCUAGGGUUUCAUUUCAAUCGGAAUCCUUCCUUAUUUCGGUGAUGAGUUUUCAAGAUAUCGAAGCCGGUCGCCCGAUCAAUUCGAGGCGUGGUGUCAUUAGAAAACAGGAUCCCACACAAGCCGUUGCUUCUGGAAUCUUCCAGAUCAAUACGGCAGUUUCCACGUUCCAGAGGCUAGUUAACAACCUUGGUACUCCAAAGGAUACCCCUGAGCUUCGAGAUAAGCUGCACAAAACUAGACUGCAUAUUGGGCAAUUGGUGAAGGAUACUUCAGAUAAACUUAAACAAGCUAGUGAAACUGAUCAUCAUGCUGGUGUUAGUGCCACCAAAAAGAUCACAGAUGCUAAACUUGCAAAAGAUUUCCAAACAGUUCUACAAGAAUUUCAGAAGGCACAACGCCUUUCAGCUGAAAGGGAAACAGCUUAUGCACCUUUUGUUCCUCAAUCUUCUCUUCCUUCACGUGAUCCCGCCAGUGAAGCAGAUGUAGGCUCAGACAGAAGUCAAGAACAGCAAGCUCUUCUCGUGGAAUCUAAAAGGCAGGAGGUUUUGCUGUUGGACAAUGAGAUCGCGUUCAAUGAAGCGAUCAUCGAGGAAAGAGAUCAGGGAAUACAAGAGAUCCAGAACCAAAUCGGUGAGGUCAAUGAGAUUUUCAAAGAUCUUGCUGUUUUGGUUCAUGAACAGGGAACUAUGAUCGAUGAUAUUGGGUCGAACAUUGAGAAUUCUCAUGCGGCUACUUCACAGGCAAAAUCUCAUCUUGCAAAAGCAUCAAAGACUCAAAGGUCAAACUCUUCCAUGACGUGCUUUCUUUUGGUGAUUAUGGCAAUCGUGCUUCUCGUUGUGGUCAUAAUUCUUCUAGUUUGACCUGAAAACAUGUGCUCGUAUAUAUAAAUAAGAUCAACACUUGUUUACGGGAUUACUAGAAACUUGAAGAUGACCCUUUUAAGCAUCUGUGGCGUGAUGGCUGAUUCGAGCCAUCCAGCUAGCAAAUCUUGUUUUCAUGUGUAUUGAAUUGUUUUUGUAAAUCCGAUAAAAUCCGUUUUGUUUUGUUAUUAUGUUGUUGGUCCUUUUAUGUUUGUAAAAAUCAAAAGCUUUAUCAUUUGUUCAA